AUGGCUGCCAACUGCUCUCCCGUCUGUCACUACCAGCCGUCUUUUCGCUACCGUGGUAGCAAGCGCGCCAUCGCACUUUCGCCUCCUCCAAUCCAUGGCCUCAGCUUCACCCCUCGUCGUAACUCCCUUCCCCGGCUCUGCCGCGGCAGGACUCUCAGUAAUCUCCAGGCCCACAGGUACUUUAGAAACAUCAGCCGGAGCAUAGUGGACCUUCAGGUCUCUCCCCGUUGCCUUCACCAUCUUGACUCUAGGUUUUCACCUUGUUGGUUGCAGCUCCUCCCGUGAGAAUACUCUGGCUGUGAUCUCAGGGGAGUCUUCAGAGCUGUCGAGCCCGUCUAUUAGGCUCACUUAUCUGGAGGUCUUCAGCGUCCUUAGCUGGUUUGAUCAGCGGAUUUACUUCGUGCACUCAUUUUUAGUUGCGUUUUUUAAUGAUUGGUUUCAGGGUAACAGCUGGUUGUGGGACGUGGGAGGUGUGAAUAUUCUGGUUGAUCCUAUCUUAGUGGGUAACUUGGAUUUUGGGAUACCCUGGUUGUAUGACGGCGAAAAGAAGUUCCUAAAGAACUUCCAGGUAAUUGUCCUGGAGUAGUUGCCCCGUAUUUUUGUGGAUAUCUGUGCCCAAUGCAAUCUAAUUGGUCAAUUGACCCGUCCUUGAAAUGCAGUAAACACAAAUAACUGAAUCUCGGAGGGUGUUCUGUUUCUUGGUUUGGUGCAGCUUGAGGACCUUCCUGAGCUGGAUUGCUUGCUGAUAACGCAAAGCCUCGAUGAUCACUGCCAUGUUAAGACUCUAAAGCCACUCUCUGAGUUACGCCCUGAUAUUCGGGUGGUCGCCACUCCAAAUGCAGAGUCCAUCUUGAAUCUAAUGUUUAAAAAUGUAAAUCUUUGUCUUAAAUUUUCUCAUUAAGUAAUAUUUAUUAAUGCUGUUAUGGUCCUCUUCUAAUCCCCUAAUCUUUCUAGUCAAACUUAUAACUGAUUAUAACCAGUUCAACUAGUAUGCAUGGAGAUCCUAUGACAUUUGCCUGGCUAGAUUCUCGUGAUUUGUCAUACUUUUGCAUCCUAUGAUUAUUGUUGCUGGUAACAGCCUUGCUACUUAGUUCUUAGAAAACAAGGGUUGUAAGUGAGGAUUAGUCUGCCGUAACCUACUUAAGGUGCUAUCAAUGUUGUGAAGCCAUGUCCUUCGUUUUCAUUUUUGCAUCAUGUGUCGAAGAGGAAAGCAGUAAACAAUGUGCUUUCUUCAUCAACCUCAGAUGAUCUCCUCUUUCACCGGUAUCCAUGCUGACAUGAGAAAUCUAUUCCAAUCAGCUAUGUGAACUGAUAUUCAGUUCUGCCUCUGGAAAUCACAUACAGCCGCUGCAUAUUUCCAAGUAAUCUCUCAGAUAUAAAGCUAAAAGUUCUUGAGAAAACUGCUGAUUGUUGACUCAGUGUUGCGCACUAAAAUCCCUGCAUUAUGCAUGAAGAUAAGAAUAUGAUGUCCAGUGCGACUCCACAAGGAUGUCGUUCCUGAAGACACCAAAGCAUAUUUUUUUACCGAUGAUUUUGAGUUGGAGGUUUUCUCUUUCCAUGUCUUGGGGUGAGUGUUUGUUUUCAUGCAACGCAUGGGAUGAGUGUAUGUUUUCAUGUCAACGCACAGUUAUUUAUUUUAUUAAAUUUAUCCUAUCUCCAACCCUAACUGACCCCCACAUUAUGCAUAUUUUUGGUGAUGGCUGGAACCAUAAUGAGCUUUGGCACAAAUAUUAAGAUUGGACAUGCCAACUGCAUGGUAAAUGGGAAUAAUUAAGUUGAAACGAAUUUCAGGUCACAUACUUGAAACCUGGUGAAAGGCAUGAACUUCUCGGUAUAAAUGGUGCGAAACUGAGCAUACAGGCUACUGCAGGGCCAGUUUUAGGGCCUCCUUGGCAGCGUCCUGAGAAUGGGUACAACCAUUCAUCUUCUCCUGUGUUAUUAGAUUUCUCACUGUUAUAGUUCCACUUCCAUCAAGAAUCAUCGCACUGAAUCAGUCAAGGAAUGUCUGACUUGGGAAGGAUUUGUAUAGGUAUGUUGUAACAUUUGAAGAAAGCCGCCCUUCUCUUUAUUAUGAACCACACUGUGUAUACGAUGGAUCUCUUCUACAGAAAGGCCAGGCUGAUAUCGUUAUAACUCCAGUAAUAAAACAAGUGCUGCCGUCCUUCACCUUGGUUUCAGGACAGGAAGAUGCUGUCAGACUUGCCAAAUUGCUCCAGGCCAAGUAUAACUACAUCUCACAGAUUUCCGGAGUAGUAUCUAGGAUUUUCUAUUCUACUUACUAGUUUAUUGUUCUAUUCUUUGCAGGUUUAUCGUCGUCAUGAAAAAUGGUGACUUGGAAACCAAGGGAAUUCUUUCAAAACUCGUUAGACCAGAAGGGACGUUAGAAUCGUUUAAGGUAAUUUUCCUUAUGGUUCGAGAAAUUGUUUGGUGAUUGAUCUUGGCCAUCACUUUGUGUUGAGUCAUUUUCUAGUGCUUUAAUAGUUUAACUGCAAUAAGUUCAAGUCUGAGGACCUUUGAUUUCUUUCAUCUCAAUUUUGCUGAUGUUUUUGUUGAUCAAAUCUCAUGCUUGGUGUUUAUUAACUGAUAUACGAUAAAUUAAUUAAAGUUUAUGACAAGAUGUUCUUUUAGAAAUGGAGGAAAAUGCACAAAAUGAACAAAAAACUGUGAAUUAUUUCGGUUAUUGCGAAACAGAUCAUAGGAAAAAGAUGGCCAUGAGUUCGACAAAAAGGGUAGAUAUAUCCAUAAAAAGCGAUGGAGGACAGGAGAAUUAAUGCUUUAUUUUUUUGAUUAAUUCCUUUUUUCAAGAUACAAUUCUUUAUUUUUCAUUUAAAGACUGUUAUGAUGCUUUUCAUUUUCAAAACUGUCUGGCGCUCAGCAUUAAAUUUUUCGUAUGAUGAUACCAUAGCAUUUCGGUACUCACAUGCACCAAAAUAGCAUAUUUGGAAAUUGGUCACGGAAAUGGUCGUCAGGCGGAAUUAGUGGAAGAAUCAAUGUUUAAUGAAUUUAUCGUCAAAAUAUUUCAGUGCAAGCUCUAAGAGAAUUCUGGAAAUCACAGAAUUGCUUCGAUUUGUACAUUGUAGGGGGGAAAAAUAUCCAUAUUCAUCACUUAUAUAUUAUUAACUAGUGUGAGAAUAAAUCGCUCUCCAAUAUAUAGCUAGUGGGACACUCGCCUAGUGCCUCGUAUGCUUGGACUUGAUGUUGUUGGCUUUAUGAGACAAUGGAGAUGCCUGGACUGGUCUUCAUCAAGGUUGGGAGAAAUUGGCAAAGCUGUUCCUCCGAGUGGUUGUGGAAGAAGAUGGAACUUCGUGUGGGUGAUGAACAUUUGAAGACACAUGCUAUUAUUUACUGUCAAAUCUCAGGGGGGAUGAUUUACAAUGCUCUACAAGAACAUUCUGUGGGUGAUUACGGGUCAGGAAGAACAGUGCAAUGAUGAAUGUACGAUUGAAGAUAGCAUGAGAGAGGUUAGAUAGAAUCAGGCCGAGGGGCUGAACAGGAGGGCGAAUCAGAUACCUUGGAGAGACUGAUAAUCAGAGAGCAGCCUUUCGAGAUCUCUGUAUGGAUUCCUUUUCAUGCCUCUUGGGAUUUAACUGCGCUCGCAGAUUCUUUCUUCCCUUUUAGUAAAUUUAUGAACAGGAGGGCGGAUCAGAUACUUUGGAGAGACUAAUAAUCAGAGAGCAGCCUUUCGAGAUCUCUGUAUGAUUUCCUUUUCAUGCUUCUAGGGACUUAUUUGUGCUCACAGAUUCUUCUUUCCCAUUUUAGUGAAUUUCUGAUAUCAGCCACUUUUUUAAAGGAAAAAGAUGUAUCAUUUUUCGCACUAGCCUGAACCUCGCUGGGUGUCUGCUACAUCUUACCAUGAAGGUUACUCUAACUGGUCAGAUUGAUGGAGUUAAUCGCAUGACAACACAUGAAAAAAAAAACUAUCUUUGGAAAUUUUAAAAAAAAACCCUCCUUGUAUUAGGAAAUAUUGUUGGAUUUCAUUGAUGAUUUGAGUCAAAACAAGAAAAAUGCUUCUUUUUUGAGUUGCAGCCUUUCAACUUGAGUUUGCCUGAAUGACUGCAUGGCUGAAUCUUCCUGUGUACUGCCCAGGAGCUCUUGUCAAGAGAGGUGCCUGAUGCCCGCGUCUUAGAGCCAACACCUGGUGUGCCUCUAGAGAUUCCAGUGUCCUCAAGUGUAUCAUAAUAUCUGCGCGUCGCCAUGUACUGGGUCAUUUGUCUGUACAAUAUGAGAAGAGAAUCUCAGAGCUAACCUUGUAUCAUCCCGCUAUAGUAAAACUGCGCCAUACGCCCAUCAGAUCAGGGUGAAGUAUCUGAUGUGUCAUCCACGUGUGACAUGA